AAUGUGGACUUAACGAAGUAGCUACUGAUAAUGCGAUAAUAUGCCCACCUCAGACUUGUGAAAGCCUCUACACAAUGUAUGACUGCUUGCCAAAUCUUCCUGUACCAGGAUGCAACUGUAUUGACGGUUAUUUCAGAAACGCUAGCGGAAUAUGCGUUCCUACAGACGAAUGUCCACCUCGUGUUUAUGAUAUAAAAUGUGGACCCAACGAGAUAAAGAAAGACAAAAAAACUGAGUGUCCUCCUCAGACUUGCGAGAGUUUAUAUACUAUAAACUUUUGUUUACCUCAAGACCCAGAACCUGGAUGCGAUUGCAUUGAAGGUUACCUUAGAAAUGACUUUGGAACAUGUAUACCGAGUAGUGAAUGUCCCACGUAUGAUAAUGAUUUUGGCUAUAGUGAUGAAAGUGAAGAAUCUGAUUAUGAUACGAAUUCCGUGUCAUCAACAACUAGUCAGUCAUCGUCAUCAUCGUCAUCAACCAGUCAAAGUACAUCAAGGACAAAUUUAAGCGAUUAAAUUAUUAUUA